AAUAACAGGCUAUAGUGUGUCAUCUUUAGGGCGUGGAUAGAGCGUAUAACAUCAGAUCUUAAAUCCCAUCGCACGGGGUUCUCAUCGCGUCCUACUCGGGAACCGCAGAAUGUCAGCUUCGAAGCAACACCCACCGCUACAUUUCUCCAUCGCAGUCGCGGACCAAGCGACGCAGAUCACAACUCUCGUCAACACCGCAUUUCGCAGUGAGCCCACGGGUCAGACCUGGCUCUACGACGAUCAAAGCAAGCGCAUCGAUAUUUUGCCUCCAGGUGUGGCAGCAACUCUUAUCACAUCAACGGAUAGCUUGAUGCUCGUCGGCACCUUACCUGGCAAUACUACACCCAUCACGACAUGCUUUCUGCGCAAGCCUUCGACACCACCACAAGCACAUAUGAGCGAAAGUGCUGCUUGGUUUGGCUUAUUGGCUGUUCAGCCUGAGUAUCAUGGCAGGAGUUAUGGUAUAGCGACGUUACGUGAGGCCGAGCGAUACGUUCGCGACGAAUGGGGCAUUGGAAGACUUGAAAUGGACUAUGUGAAUGCAAGGACAGAAUUGGCUCAAUGGUAUCAUCGAUGUGGCUACGAGCCAACAGGCAAGAUUAGAGACUUUCCGUAUGGCGACGGCGGAAGAGAAAUUCUUGCAGAUGGGUUGGAGAUGAUAGUACUGGGGAAAGACCUACGGUCAAUUGGCAUGACACCGGUGCUAUUCUGAAUUCACCACGAUAGACUGCUUCGGGACCACCGCGCUAUAGGGGCAAUGUGUUUUGGGAGACAAGGUUGUUAUAAAUAUUGCUAUCAACAACAUGCGAAACGCGCGCGAAAACGCGAUACUACUAGUCAACACUGUCAUUACCUUCCAACCAUUGCUUCAGCAAGACUAUCUAUCACUAUCUACCGCUACAUAAUUCUCGCUUCACUGACUAAAUAUCGAAUUGCUUUAUUGACCCGAUGUGACACCGG